CGACCCCAACAUAUUUGGGAUAAGGUUAGGCCGAUGGUGAUGUCUUAAAUGUGUUACUAAGUAUAACUGAUAGCCUAAUAUUACUAUUGGUUGGUAAAAAGAGAAGUAAUGUGUUAUAGAUUUUGUUGUACAGUUUUUUCUUGAUUACUAGAGGGUUUUUCAAGCGGCGAAGGGUAGUUGUACGGGGUGCUAACAAAAUAUACCAAUAGCCAAUAGGUCAUACGUAACCUAUAAGUGUAUCGUUUGAAAAGUGCCAUCUUAAAAAAAGAAACAAUUUGAUUUUGAUUAGCAGGAUAAAGGGUAUUACCCUAAUGCUAAUGCUAAUCAUUUGAAGGUAGCAGCCUAAAUCACUUACCUUUAUUUUCUAAUGAAGAGUGUAGUCUUUUCUGUCUUGAAACUUAAACUAUUUAUCCCCAUUUUAGAAAUAUUAAUAAAGUUCAAGCCUCUAGCCCUAUUAAACCCUAUCAUACAAUUUUCCAAAGUAAAUCAUAACACAUAAAAAAAGAAAGAGCAACACAAAACCAAGUUCACAAGCAGGAAAACGACUUAAAAAACUUGAGUAAUCUUGGCGCCAAUUGAGUAGGCGUUAAAUAAUAAGCAGACGAGACAAUAAAAGAAACUGUUAUCAUGAACCGGAUCGCUCGCCUCAUUUAACCAACAAAUUCCAUUCAUUCAUACCGCACUGGUUAACAAGCUCAAUUAGUUUCGACUCAUGUAAAUCCCGGCACUCAUGUGACUCGACCUCUAAACUGUUUACAAUAAUUUGCUCAUUUACGCGAAUCCAGCUGACCGUGCUAAAACACCAAAUUAAAAUAACCUGCCCAACGGUAUUGAAGAGCUUAAGUUGAUAGUAUAAGGUCUAAAUUCGCUUGUACCUAAAGAAGAGAACCGCAUAAACAAAGUUGGUAAAACUAAGAUAACUAAUCAAAACAUUAACAAUAGCAGUGUUGAAGUUGAUUCAGUUUGCGACGCACGUUCAAAAAUGUUGAACAAAGUUUUACUUGUUGCUUUGAUAGUAUUUGUGGACGCAAAAUUGACGAUUUACCUCACGGACACUCCAAUACAGAGAAUAGGAACAAGAAUUUACAGAAAGGAACUACUGACAAACGCGUUUCAGAGCCCAAAGGAGCUUGCAUACGAUUCGUCGAGCAGAAACUUAUUUUUCAUGUACAUGGACGAUUUAACGCAGAAUUCGAGACGUGCAUUCAUAAAUGUAGUAACAAAACAAGCAAUGAAAAUCGAAGGAAUCGAAAGGAACAAAGCUACUGCAGUUGACCCUGAUACAAGCGACGUGUAUUUCGGUUCAGACGAUGGACUUUACAAAUAUGAUCCAAUAUCGAAUACUGCGACAAACAUUGGUCUUUACAACAUGAAUGUAUUUAAAAUAGUCAUAAGAAACAACGCAAUGUACUUAAUUGACGCUAACGAUCAUAGAAUCUACAAGAUAUUUAAUGAAGGGAAAACCGCAGUGAGGAUCGGGAAUAUGAAGACAGUGAUGGAAUUUGAAGUGGACAAUCAAAAUAACGUGCAUCUAGUGACUAUGUGUGGUGUCUUUUGCGCUUAUAACAGUCAAGAAAUUGUCAAAAACACAGAUUUGAGAGUUGUGUAUCACUUUUUCGUUGAAGAGGAUAACACGUUUGGAUUGACGGAUGAUGGUAUUUAUCAAAUUGAUUGCUUUAAUGGUACGGCUAGGAAAGUGGCUAAUAUAGAUUUUUAUCCAUCGAGUCUGAUAUUUGGUGACUAUGGUGACAUAUUUUACAGUAUUGAGAACGAUAUCUAUAGGUUAAGGCCGAUCAAUUCUUAUCAAAUUUUAAAUAUACGUAAGCAUAAUCAUUAAUUAGUGUGUUGUGAAUUAAAUUUUGUACGCGA